CUUCCAUCUCCUCCCUUAUCAGGGUCAUGGCAGACUGCUUGAUGCCUGGAAUAGGGAUGUUAGUGUCAAGCAGGCACAGUUAGGCGGCAGUUAGUUGAAAGCAGGGGGAAUAUUAACCAGAUAUGGACCAAGGAAAUGUUGUCUAGAGUAGGACUGAAUGUUUGCGGUGAAGGAAUGAGAAUAUUUUGAGAUAUUCAAACAAAUGACUGUGUCAGUGAUGAAUAAAUAUUGUUUUUCUGAUUUGCUAUUUUUCCCAAUUUCCAUCUAUGUGACUCAUCAAAUGCUCUAAUAAUAACUGGUGAAAUAGUCAAGGGGAAAUACAUUUUUUAGAAAUUAAUUUUCUUCUCUUUGCUCUCUCACCCUCUCGCUCCCUCUUUCUCCCUCCCUCUUACUCUCUCUCUAUCUCCCUCUUUCUCCCUCUGCCCCUCUCUCUGUGUAGGUGUCCAAGGGAGAAAGGUGGUGUAGCUGUGUUCCUGUCCUAUAGCGGACACACCAUUCUCGGUUCUGCUGCCCGAGCCGUACAUCCUCAACCCCUGGCGUCUUCCUAGCCUGGGGCCUUGAGCCAGGCCGUUGCUGACCAGCAGCAGUCAUGGAUGUGGCUUUGGUGGACUUCGAGAGCCUGCUCGACAUCAACAGCAGCCUGGAGGACGAGCUGGACAACCCAGACUACGCCAAUGAGACCACCGCCCUCACCCUGGACAUGCCCCCAGAUCUCAGUCCUGGGAGCAACUACCACCUCCGCCACCCCCAGACCUCAUGCCUGGCCUCGAACCCCUCCCACCACAGCCCCUCGCCCCUCAGGGGGGCCGUUCCCGGCUCCCCCACCAGGCCGCCUCAAGGCAGGCGAGGCCGCCCCAGUUGCGCCAGCAUGAUCUCCAACUGGAGGCUGCUGCUGAACAGCGAGGGGACUCAGAGCGAGGCCAUCUUCAGCAGGCUGGCCAAGGAGUGCUGCGAGGACCUGUUUGUGGACAAGCGGGGCCUGGAUGACGGCGACCAGAAGGUCAUUAUCAACAUCGCUGGCCUUCGCUUCGAGACUCAACUCAAGACCCUGGACCAGUUCCCCGAAACGUUGCUAGGAGACCCCGCGAAGAGGAUGAACUACUUUGACCCCAUGAGGAACGAGUAUUUCUUUGAUCGGAACCGGCCGAGUUUUGACGGGAUCUUGUAUUACUACCAGUCCAGAGGGAAGAUUCGGCGUCCUGCCAAUGUUCCGUUGGACGUGUUUGCUGACGAGAUUCUGUUCUAUGAGCUGGGGGCCGAGGCCAUGGAGCAGUUCAGGGAAGACGAAGGCUUUAUCAAAGAAGCGGAGAUCCCUCUGCCCACGAACGAAGUGCACCGGCAGUUCUGGCUGCUGUUUGAGUACCCGGAAAGUUCCAACGCGGCGCGCGGCGUAGCGCUCGUCUCCGUCUUUGUCAUCGUGAUCUCCAUCAUCAUCUUCUGCGUAGAGACGCUCCCUGAGUUCCGGGAGGAAAUGGACCGGAUCAUUCCCACGGCGAUGCAGCCCUUCAACCAAUCGGGAGGCUCGGCCCCUGCCUUCACCUCCCCCUUCUCCGACCCCUUCUUCAUCAUCGAGACGGCCUGCAUCGUGUGGUUCUUCUUCGAGCUGUGCGUGCGCUUCGUGGUGUGCCCCAGCAAGAGGGACUUCUUCCACAACCUCAUGAACGUCAUCGACCUCGUCUCCAUCAUCCCCUACUUUGUCACCGUGGUGACGGAGAUGGUCAGCAUGCCCCAGGAGAACUCGAGCCAGAACAUGUCGCUGGCCAUCCUCCGCAUCAUCCGUCUGGUGCGGGUGUUCCGUAUCUUCAAGCUCUCGCGCCACUCCAAGGGGCUCCAGAUCCUGGGCCAGACUCUCAAGGCCAGCAUGCGAGAGCUGGGCCUGCUCAUCUUCUUCCUCUUCAUCGGGGUCAUCCUCUUCUCCAGCGCCAUCUACUUUGCCGAAGUGGACGAGCCCAGCACGCAGUUCAUCAGCAUCCCCGACGGCUUCUGGUGGGCGGUGGUGACCAUGACGACCGUGGGCUACGGGGACAUGUGUCCCAUCACCAUGGGGGGCAAGAUGGUGGGCACCCUGUGCGCCAUCGCCGGCGUGCUGACCAUCGCCCUGCCCGUGCCCGUCAUCGUGUCCAACUUCAACUACUUCUACCACCGCGAGACGGAGGGUGAGGACAAGCCGCCGCUGGUGGAUGCCGUGGAGCAGGCCAUGAAGACAGACGUGGAAGCCAAGCAAGGGAGCUGCUCCUCGUUGAACAAGGCCAAUGGGACCUGGCAAAGUGACAAAGGAAAUUACACUGGCCUGUGAGGACAGAGGAGAGACGCCCAACCGGAAGAGAUUUUUUUUUAACCUGAACAAACUUUUUGUAUUAACUCUUGGUAAUAGCUUUGAAGUUUUGGGACCCCACUAGUAGCAGAUGUCAAAGAGGAAUGGAUCAAAUCAUUUGUGAUUAGGUAGAUUCUUUAUAAGGUCGCCAAUGGUGGUUAGAAUGGACAACCGUUACCUCUUGUUCAAAUACACUUACUGUUAGCAACCAUGCAAAUAGUUACAUCUUGCAACCAUGUAAAUAACAACAGCCUAUAUUAGAUUAGGUACAUUACAUUACAUGCGUUUUCAUCCAGUAACUAAGUCAGAACACUAUCGAUUGAUUUACCUCCAGGUCCUACAUCUUUCAGAGUAGUGUUCAGCCAGCAUCCUUCAUAUGACAGUAUCCUAGAUUUAAAGCAAUUUGUAUGUUUAUAUGUUUUGUUGACCAGUUUGUGCACCUUCUGGUUCUACAUUUACUCAUUAGAUAACGAAUACUGUAUUUAUUUCAUGAUGAUGUUAUUUAUUAUACUCAAAUGUACUUAUUUGUUUGUAGUCGGUUAAAGUACUUCUAGAUUACUUUAGUUAUUACAGUUUAAACAGCUACUCAAUCAUACUGUGGACUGACAGUGAGUGCCUUGUGGUGUAACUUUGGAAACUUCUGAUGUUAUCAACAUACUGGAUGAAAAAAAUGAAUACCCCCUUUAAAAAUUACUUUACCAGCACAAUAAUCUGAAUACUCAUUAAAAAAAAACGAUAAAAAAUCAAAUAAUGAAGUAUCUCAUGUGAGUGUCCAGGUACACCCCUAAUGAACUGAUAAUGGUGGGCCCAUCAGCAUGUCAUUAGCUGUCUAUAUUUCAUCUUGAAUGAUAUCAUUGUAAGGGGGCAUUAGCAUGUUGUGAAAGGGGGCAAAAAUAUUUUAACCACAAUAAUACGUAAAGUAAAUA